UGAGAUGUUUUAUUUUAAAUGGAUUGAGCUUUAAAUAUUAACUUUAAUUCAUCCUCGGACUCAUUUUUGGGGGAAUACCUUCCAUGCUGGUCAUUCAAGAGGAAACCUUUAAUGUCUCACAGCUGCUCGUUCCACUCCCAUAACCGCAAUGAGAUUCCUUACUUCAACAAAACUCCUAAAAUUAAAAUCUACUUAUCGACACUAUCGUCCUCCAGUUAACCUUUCCUGGAAGGUCUGGCUGAGCCGCACAAACUCUACACUCAUGGCUCUGAUUGGACGGAGCUGAAGUGUGAAGAAUUUGCAUAUAGCAGGCUGUAACACACACAAGCCUCUGCACCUAGAGGAGUGUGAAGAAUCCAGCAGAGAACAGGCACUAACCUGGUUAGAUGGAGAAAUCUGAAAAAGUACCUUCCUCUUCAAACGAGUCUAAAAGUCACCCUCCAUUUUUCCCUCCUGAAGUCACAGUAAACAGAAUAUUUCGCGCUACUCCACAUCAUGACAGAGUCACGCCACUCUGUUACAUGGACGCUGAUUAUUUCUCCCCAAAGAGCCCGCGCAGAGUCGAACAGGCGAGCCAGAUGUUCAGCAGGAGUCAUCAUACUCAUGCUGCACAAAGUGAAGAUCUGAUGCAGCGCAGAGAGCCGGACAGUGGAGGAGCGACUUCUGUCGGGAUGAAUCUCCAUCAUCACUCCUCUCCGGGUGGUUACUCCUAUCGUCCUGCAAACACCGAGGAGACUGACACUGGAGGAGAGUGCUGCUGUUGUAGAUCAAAGCAGAGUGGAAGAACAGGACCUGCAAAUACACUCAGCAUGAGCAUUUCUAGAGAGCAGGGUGAUUACAGCUCUCAACCUCAGAGCGAUGAGGAGGAACUUGAGCCUCCUUUGCCACUAAGAGCUGAUGAUGAGUGGCAACACUACAGUCCUUAUCUUCCUCCUCAACACCACAGACACGACUAUGAGCCUCGUCAUACCAUGGAUGUUAGGUUUUAUGAUACUGCAGGAGAAAGGCAGUACAACUUUAAUCCCUCCAACAGAUUCCCUCCUCAGCCAUAUUACUGUCCUGCUCCCCGGCAGCCCAUGAGACCCUACGAUGACCCCCACAACUGGCUCAGGAGUCGGGAUGACUUAAUGAACCCCAGCCUGGCUCAGGGGAGCGUCUCGGUCAACGUGCCCCAGUUCUUCGUCCCGCCUGUGGAGGGCGUGUCACAGGUCAGCGUCAUGAACCCGAGCUCAGCCGGAGCAGCAGAGGCGUCCGUCUCACAUAAACACGAGAAAAGAAGAACCAUCAGUCUGCCGGAUGAGUGCCGAAAUGUUUUUAUAACUUAUUCUUCUGACGUUUCUUCAGAGGUCGUCCCCUUUGUGGACUUUCUCACCAAACAAGGUUUCCGACCAGCUAUUGACAUAUUUGACAGCCCUAUCAGACGCAUGGACAUCAACAAGUGGAAGGACAGCUACCUGAAAGACCCAUCAAACCUAAUUAUCGUUGCCAUCAGUCCAAAAUAUAAGGAUGACAUUGAAGGAUCGGUCGUGGACAGUCAUGGUCUACAGACGAAAUAUAUUCACUCCAUGAUGCAGACUGAAUUUAUUCAGCAAGGCAGUUUGAACUUCAGAUUCAUACCUGUUCUCUUCCCCAAUGCAUCCCAGAAGCACGUACCAACCUGGCUCCUGAACACUCGCGUGUACCGCUGGCCACAGGACACUGAGGAUUUGUUACUGCGGCUGCUCAGAGAGGAGAGAUAUGUUCCUCCACCUGUACCCAUGGAGCUGACCCUCAUCAUCAGGCCUGUGGCCCCCAGCUCUGCAACUUCCCUGUAAAAAGCAUACAUGAUAAUGAAUUUGUGAAGCAUUUGAUUGUUUUGUUUUUCUAGUGCAUCUUAUCUGGAAUAUUGUGCAGCUUGUGAAUCUCUUUAUUGCUCCAGUUAAAAGCCAAUAAGCUCAUGGUAUAUGACAUUUAUCAUAUGCAGGCCAACAGAUGUUUUUUUUCAUAUGUCAAUAAAGUUUUUUCACUGUG